AUGCAAACACCAGAAUCUGGCGAGCGCUGGGACUCGCCGUCCGAGCCGACUUUUCUAGACUUUCCGCCGGAAUUGCGUCUCGUGAUAUACGAACUUCUCUUCUUACCACUUGUCGGACGCCAUCCUAUCGUCGAGUACCACAUAUGUGACAAAACGUACGAGGUCACGACAAAUGUCGGUAGAUUCCGAGGGCCCCCUACGUUUACAGGCCUCACGUCGAUCCUGGGUACAUGUAGACAGGUUCACAAGGAAGCACAACCCCUUCUCUGCGAUUAUGCAACGUUUAUCGUAAGCCUAAGGCCUGGUUCCAAUCCAUUGAACCUUUCCUCCGACGCCGCACGUCUUCUGCCUCACGCAAAGACACUCGAGCUCAACAUGUCAAUUUCCUUCCCGUGCCAAUUCGCUCCAACCACCGAGGAGACCGAACCGCCUUGCACCGACGCUCCCAGGCCAUCCACGAGAACACGGAGAAAGACCUGGGCUAGCCCUGCGCCUGCUAAGAAGCCUCCUAAGAUCUGCCUCACAACAUACCUCCGCCGCCUUGAGUCUCUCCUUGGCGCCUUCGACCAUGGGGGAAAUUUGAGACGCCUAGAUAUCCAGAUCGACAACCUUGAUCGAACCCUCAAUCGUGACACCAUGGACAUCAUACUCAGCCACAUGGAAACAAGACUUAAGGUCCGGGAGAACUGUCGUGUUGAGAUGCACCUAGAAUGGCAUUCAUGGUAUUUGGUUAACCACUGGCGGGUAGCCAGGUUCCUGGAUGAAAUUCAAUAG